CCACCGCUGCCACCCUGUUGCGGCGGGAGAAGAGAAGGCAGGAGAUGAGCGAGAGGGAGGGCCAGUGCUGGAGAACAGGGUCUGGACUCCCUGCCUAAGAGACGGAGUUCAGCGAGGGACAGUGGGAACGCAGCCAGAGGAUUCUCCGAGAGCAGCUGCUGCGUUGAUGACCAGUCACCGAGCAGGACUGCAGCUGGCCUUCGUGGACUGGCAUGGCCCAGAGAACAACCGUGCGCACCACACAGCUGAGACGAGCAGUGGGCAGCUGGCCGUGAGGAGGGGGCAGCCCUUUGCGCUCACCCUCCACUUCCACUCCAGGAACUACCAGCCUGGCUUCGAUUCCAUGUACCUGAGUGCAGAGACAGGGCCAGGGCCAGAGCAGGCCAUCUUCCCGGUGGGCCUGAGCCAGCCACACACCUGUGAGACUUGGAGAGCCAGCGGAACCUCCAGUGGCCCACGGUCCACGGAUGUCAGAGUCUCCGCUCCCGCAGUGGCUCCCAUCGGGCGGUACCAGCUGAACGUCCACUUCGACUCAGGCCAGGGCUUGUCGUCCUCCUACCAGCUGGGCGAGUUCCUCCUCCUCUUCAAUGCGUGGUGUCCAGACGACGACGUCUACUUGGAGAGUGAGGCCGAGAGGCAGGAGUAUCUGCUGAAUGAGCACGGCAUCAUCUUCCACGGAAACAAGAACUGGAUCCACCCGGUCCCCUGGAACUACGGCCAGUUCGAGGAGGAGACGGUUGGCAUCUGCCUGAAGCUGCUGGACAGCAACUUGCAGUGCCAGCACCAUCCGGUGCAGGACUGUGCCCUGCGCAGCAGCCCGGUCUACGUCAGCCGGGUGCUGAGCGCCAUGGUCAACAGCAACGACGACGCUGGGGUUCUCCUGGGGAACUGGAGCGAGGAUUAUUCCGGGGGGACUCGCCCCAGCGAGUGGAAUAGCAGCAUCGCCAUUCUGAGGCAGUGGGAACGCUCCGGAGGACAGCCGGUCAAGUACGGCCAGUGCUGGGUCUUCGCAGCUGUGAUGUGCACAGUGAUGCGCGGCCUUGGGAUCCCAACCCGUGUGGUGACAAACUUUGACUCAGGACACGAGAAGGAUGGGAACCUGGUGAUCGACAUCUUCUACGACAACACCGGGCAGCUGCUGCCCCGGGAGAGCAAGGACAGCAUCUGGAACUUCCAUGUCUGGAAUGAGUGCUGGAUGGCGCGUAGAGAUCUCCCCCCUGGGUACGACGGCUGGCAGGUCUUAGAUGCCACACCCCAGGAGUCCAGCAACGGGCUGUACCGCUGUGGCCCAGCGCCCGUCAGAGCGAUCCGGGAGGGCGAUAUCCACCUGCGCUACGAUACUCCCUUUGUAUUCUCAAUGGUGAACGCUGACCGAGUGGUUUGGCUGCUCUCUGGGACGAAAAGAGAAAAACUCCAGUGGAAUCCAAGCGCUGUGGGGAACCACAUCAGCACCAAAAGCAUCGGAAGUGAUGCGCGAGAAGACAUCACCCACACUUAUAAGCACCAGGAAGGCUCCCUGGGCGAGCGCCAAGUGUUCUUGAAGGCCCUCGCUCACAGCCAGCCCUUCAGCCCCAUAAGGCCCGGCCCAGACGCCCUUCCAGCCACACCCGACCCCCUGCCAAGGGUGCCUGCUCUCCAUGACGACCGUGCCCAGGAUCCCCCGGCAGGGGCCCAAACCUCUCUCCACCUGCAGCUGGCGGAGAGUCCGGAGGUCGGCCAGGACAUCUACCUCACCCUCCUGGCCCGCAACCUGGAGUUUGCCUCCAAGGCCCUUAAGCUGAGCCUGAGCGCCCAGCCAGUGCUGCACAACGGGCACCCCUUGCCUCCUUUCUGGCAGGACACCAUGUACCUGUCCUUCAGCCCCAAGGAAGAAAAACGCAUCCCUUGGCUGAUCUCCUACGGACAGUACGGCAGGCACCUCCAGGAGGACAAGCAGAUCCGGGUAGUCGCCAUGGGGGAGGAAAACACCUCCUGGGAGAAGGCCCUGGCCGAGAAGACCAUCACAGUGGCCAGCCCCCCGCUCGGCAUUCAUGUGUUGACCCCUGUGGUGGUGAACCAGGCCUUCCGGCUUCGAGUGGAGUUUGCCAACCCUCUGGCCGAACCCGUCAGUGACGGCCUCCUGACUGUGGAAGGGGGCGGCCUGGUGAGAGGCCAAGCUCAGAUAGAGUUGGGCUUCCUGGCUGCCCGGCAGCAGGCCAGCAUCACACUCCAGCUGACUCCCUACAAAAGCGGGCCCAGGCAGCUGCACGUCAGCCUCAGGAGCAGCCUCUUCCCCCCCCUGAAAGGACACAAGCAGCUGCAGGUGGCCGGAGGGGGGCUGAGGGCCAGGCGGCAGCCAUAGCGGCACCGGAGGACGAGGAGGAGCAGCUGCGACCCGUCUCGCCACCUCUCUCCCUCAACGCCCUUAAUAAACUGACUGUUGCACCAGGCAGGGUCGUUCCUUGGUGUAGUGGCAGCAGCAGCUUCCGCAGGACCCCCCCUCAGAGUCCGUGUGAAAUGGGGGAGGGCGGGGGGAGACUGAAGGUGGGCUUAGCAAAGCAAGGCCACGCCUCGGGCAGGGACUGCAUUUGCCUCAGGUUUCACGCCCUGCCCAACUCAAAAGGCCCCGGGCAGGUUACGAGACAUCUAGCAGCAGCAGCAGCAGGAAUAAAAUUAUAAGUGAGGUGGGCCCCGAUAAAUGUAGCCCGAAGGCACCUCUCCCCCGGGGUAGGAGAUGUCUGCUGACCCCGCCACAGGGCUCAAGGGUCCAGGAGCCAAGGCCCUCCCGUGCCCAGGGCUGCUGCCUUUGGAGCAGGCGGGCAUGUGGCGCAGCGGACGGCUGAGUCCACACCUGGAUCGCACUCCCCAGCUCCCCCGGCCACCGGGGGACAGACAGGCAAAGCCUUGACCAACUGGCAGUGGUGGCCCAGAGCCUCCGAGAACCCCGGGCUGAGACCAGGCCAACAGUAAGGACACACACGGCAAUGCAGCUGUUGUGCGGCCUGGGGCACAGUGGGGAGAGGAGAGACAGUAGAAUCUGCCCCGGGGGAAAGGUGGAAACCGGGCCGAGGCGUUGAAACAGCAGGAGGCCUUGUGCUGUCCAAUGAACGUGGGCUUCAGAUGCAGGCUGAUGGGGAUCCCGGGAGGGACACAGCCUCGAAGUUGGGAAUGACCAGGAGGACCCAAAGUUCCCCAGGGGGUCUUUGCUUGCGCUUUUCUGCACCGUCCCGGGGAACAGGCCAGCAGGGAGCCACACCGUGUCCCCUGGGCCGGAGCCACAGCUGACCAUCCCGGCCACCGGGCCUCUGUUCACCUACUCAUGAAGAAGGCAGACAUAGAGAACGGGGGGGGGGGGCAGGAGACGGGCAGAAAGCUGGAGGUCUGGGGCCCCUGGCUCCCGACACGCGCCCCCGCCCACCCUCAUCGCUGCCGCAAGCACACGCCACUCAAGUCGCCGCAUCCGCAUUCCGUCAAAGUCUCUCUGGAACCGGACCGUGAACACGUGCUCGUGCGAUCAAAACAACAACGCUGCAAGACGUUACAAGCUUCCUCCGCUGAGCCCCGCGGUCCUUUACUGCCUGCAGCCGGGAUAAAAGAGCUACGGCUGCUCCUUGGCCCAGGCGCCUCCCAAUCCUGCACCCCC